AUGAAAGGACUUAAUUAUUAAAGUACUUUGAGUUAUACAUUUUCAAAAUCUAAUAAAGAGAUAAAAGAAAUAUUAGAAUUUGAUGGAUUUAAAGAUUAUAAGAUAGAUGAAGAUUUAAAGAUUGUUGAAUAUACUAUUAAUCAUUCAAAUUCCAUUUAAUUAAGUUUAUUACUUUAUUUACAAGUAAUCAUAUAAAUAAUAAAUAGGAAAUCAAAUUUCUAUAAUUGACUAUGGCAUAAUAAAUUUAAUUAUGUUUAGAUAUUUAUAACAAAUACAAAUAGUUAGAAUAAUAAAAUAUUUAACAUAAUUAUUUAACUUCUGAUAGAAUUUGGUUAAAUAUAUCAAAUAAAUAACAUUAAAUAACAAUAUUACCAAAUAUAUUAUAUUAUACUAUACAUUUUGUUGGUUAUGAUUGUCCAUUUUAUGAAAGAGAUAAUUAUUUGAACUCAUAAAUUAAAGAUGAUUAAGCUAUUAAAAANCUCAAGUAAUUUAAAAUGUAUGAAAUAUUUAUGAGUUUUUCUGUACAUAUUUUAUUAAUAAAAUGUUGUGAAUAAUUAUAUUUGAAAACCUUCAAUUAAAGAUUGAAUAAAAUAAAUAGAGUUUUUUCUUUAAAAAAAACAGAAAAAAGCUAAUUUUUUUUUCAGAAAGUCGGAGAGUUUAAUUUAAAAAAAAGACCAAAUUGGUUUUAUUAUAUAAUUUUUCUUAUAAAAAUAUAGAGAUGA